AUGGCAUAUAUUUUUUGGUUGUCAUUAAGUACGAAACAUUGCGGUAUAUUUAUGCCGAUAUUGAUUAUUGUAUUUCUGUACUCCUCAUAUUCUGUGUAUUGUUUUUCUUAUAUAUACAGUACCAUGGAUUUUUUCGUGUUACUUUCACUAGCUUGUGCUUUGGCCGAUAUUGCUUUGAAGCCAUCAUCUCCGCGUAACUCUCAGUUUUCUAAUCUCCUCAAUUCAUCAAUCGUUGUUGAUACGUCGGCUCAAAGUAUUAGUCUCACACAAACUGCUCAAAACGCUUCUGAUUCGUGGUCCUUAAAAAGCGGAAAUAUAUGUAACGCACCAGAACAAUUAAAACAACGAGCGGCACUAAAGUGGAUAAAAACAUUUGUUGAAAUAGAUCCGCAUCAUAUGCUUCCAUAUGCUUCAGGAAUUAUUGGUGCUGUUCUUCCCUGCUUUAUGCUCUGUGGACCAUCUGAUGCUCUACAAGAAAGAAAAGUUGCUCUUGAGACAGCUGUGUGCAUAAACGAAACGCUUCUGAAGGCUGUUAGAUUAUUCAAUUCAUGUACUAUGAAUGAUUUGGAUUCAUGCGAAUCAAUAUCUCACGGUGCAAUGGAUUCGCACCGAGUCUUACUGAAUUCAGGAAACCAAAUUGAAUCGUUAGUCAAGUUUUCACAGGCUGAAAAUUCAACUAAACAGUUUACAGACUCAUCUCUUAACACCACAACUGAUACACUAUCCGGUGGACAAAACAAUUCACAAAUUUUGUGCACAGAUGCGAUCUUAGAAGCUACUUUUCAACUUCUUAAUAAUUCAAGUUUAUUUACUCGCUUGGCAGCACUACGCUGGAUUACUGUACUUGCAGAAGUUUGUUCAUCUGAUGUUUUUUCUCAUGUUGAUCGUCUUUUACCAGAAAUGCUCAAACUAGUUUCUGAUCCUGCUGAUGAAAUGGUGCAUUCUACUAUUUCAUUGAUUGGAAAACUCAGUCACCAUACUACUGUUGUUGGUAAUAAUUAUCACAACAAAGAAUCUGUUAUUUUACCUCAAGAACUGGUCAAGUUGCUUCAUGAUCCGGCUAUAGUGAAUGGACAAAAUAAUAGUCAGGUUUCUGAUUGUUCAAUGGAGACUUCAUCUCAAGAAUCAUUACCGUCAUCAUCUUCUGCUCCAAAUACAUUUUGUUUACGAUUUCUUUUGGACUUAGUCGAAUUGUUUAACAAAGAUUCAGAAUUAUUACGGAAACGUGGAGAUAUGAUUAUUACCGAUCUCUGUCAAGUUCUUGGUGCUGAUACAGUUUACUGCACCGUUUCAACAAUUAUUUCUUAUAUUAAACCAUUGGAAUCAGCAUUUGUACUAGUACAAGCGUUGAAUCGGAUUCUUUUAACUCAACCAGUGUUACAUAAUUUCCGUAAACAAUUACGUUGUAUUAAUACGAAGGCCCAAUGUCAGUUGUUUGAAAAACUGUAUCGUGCUUGGUGUUAUAAUCCUGUUUCUCUGUUAGCACUAUGUAUGCUGACUGAAAAUUAUAAACAUUGUAGCCGUUUAGUGAAAUCGUUCGGAGAUAUUGUUAUUACUGUUGAAACUCUCUGUGAUAUGGAUCAGCUAAUUCAAAUGAUAGAAUCACCAAUAUUCUCCAGUCUUCGGAUGCAUAUGCUUGAUAAACGAUUCAGUGCUGAUCUUCGCGAAACUUUAUAUUGCCUACUUAUGUGUCUUCCACAAACAGAUGCCUUUCAGACACUUUGGCGACGCUUACAAUGCUUGCCACCUGUGGAAUAUAUUUCAGAUAAUCCAGUUAGUCGGAUUUCAAAAGGUCCCCAAUCUGCACAGAAUAUAAUUAGUGUGUACAUCAACUUUAAUGAGUUAUUUGAUUACUUUCAUUCAAUUCAGAAGCAAUCUGAUGAAUAUCGUUUAAUGAAAAUGAUAAAUCACAGUAGGAAUGGAGCACAACCACAAAAUCAAAAUAGUUAUACAAUAUGCAAUGAAAAUCGUUCAAAUAGAGGUAGUCUUGGAAACGAUUUUAAUAAACUGGCUGUCUCCGAUGAAAAACCAUCUGAUAAUAUAUGUCCAACUGAUAUUCAAAGGAAAAUUGAUUCUAAAACCACUGUUUGUUCAGCUAAUGAUUAUCUUACUGCGAUACCUCAUCAUUUUGUAAUUAUUCCAUUGAUUACUUUGCUCAUUUGCUACUCUCGCUGUUCGAUUGGAAAUUCAUUUGCAACACAGAUGUGUAUUGAUCCACGUUACCAUACCUCAUCUCAGCACAGCAAGAAGAGAGAAAUGGGACUAAUACCCAUAACAGUCAUCACAAUAAAAAGUAUAAUUAAAACAAACAAAUAAAAUUGGUUAAUGCGAAUUAUAGAGUGAAUACUAUCGUAGUUUUUUAUUCUCGCUAAUAAUAUUGCUCUCACACUGUAACAGACGGGUCGGAUAUUUCUUCAAAAAUGUUCUGUUAAAUUUGUCGAUAUGAUUCACAGUGUAGUGAUAUAUAUUUAUUUUUAAUUUGAGAAGACACUAAUAAAGCUGAAUUUUCAUCUGUACUACCUAGGUGCUUCAUAUUCAGUUUUAUCUAAUAUUUUUUUCGAAAUCUUUUUUU